AUGGUGUCUUAUCCACUUUCCUGGACUUUGGAGCACCUAGUGCACCCUCACAGACGUGCAACUGAGGGCCGGGCGGCACUGGACAUAGUGCACCCGGUUCGCGUUGACGCGGGGGGCUCCUUCCUGUCCUACGAGCUGUGGCCCCGCGCACUGCGCAAGCGGGAUGUGUCUGUGCGCCGAGACGCGCCCGCCUUCUACCAGCUGCAAUACCGCGGGCGCGAGCUGCGCUUCAACCUGACCGCCAAUCAGCACCUGCUGGCGCCCGGCUUUGUGAGCGAGACGCGGGAAGAACAGCUGAGGGCCAGCCCUCCCUGUGUGACCCUAGUGCUUCUUCCCCAGAAAGGUGUGUUCCAGCUCUCCAAUGAGGACUACUUCAUUGAGCCCCUGGAUGGUGCCCCGGCCCGGCCUGGCCACGCCCAGCCCCAUGUGGUGUACAAGCGUCAGGUCCCGGAGAGGUUGGCACAAUGGGGUGAUUCCAGUGCUCCAAGCACCUGUGGGGUGCAAGUGUCCCCGGAGCUGGAGCCUCGACGGGAGCGUUGGGAACAGCGGCAGCAGUGGCAGCGGCCACGGCUAAGGCGUUUACACCAGCGGUCGGUCAGCAAAGAGAAGUGGGUGGAGACCCUGGUGGUAGCUGAUGCCAAAAUGGUGGAGUACCACGGACAGCCGCAGGUUGAGAGCUAUGUGCUGACCAUCAUGAACAUGGUGGCUGGCCUGUUUCAUGACCCCAGCAUUGGGAACCCCAUCCACAUCACCAUUGUGCGCCUGGUCCUUCUGGAAGAUGAAGAGGAGGACCUAAAGAUCACGCACCAUGCAGACAACACCCUGAAGAGCUUUUGCAAGUGGCAGAAAAGCAUCAACAUGAAGGGGGACACCCACCCUCUGCACCAUGACACCGCCAUCCUGCUCACCAGGAAGGACCUGUGUGCAGCCAUGAACCGGCCCUGUGAGACCCUGGGCCUCUCCCACGUGGCGGGCAUGUGCCAGCCACACCGCAGCUGCAGCAUCAACGAGGACACAGGCCUGCCGCUGGCCUUCACUGUAGCCCACGAGCUCGGGCACAGUUUUGGCAUUCAGCAUGACGGAAGCGGCAAUGACUGUGAACCCGUUGGGAAACGGCCUUUCAUCAUGUCUCCACAGCUCCUGUACGACGCCGCUCCUCUCACCUGGUCCCGCUGCAGCCGCCAGUACAUCACCAGGUUCCUUGACCGUGGGUGGGGCCUGUGCCUGGACGACCCUCCUGCCAAGGACAUCAUCGACUUCCCCUCGGUGCCACCUGGCGUCCUCUAUGAUGUGAGCCACCAGUGCCGCCUCCAGUACGGGGCCUACUCUGCCUUCUGCGAGGACAUGGAUUGGUGUCUCAAUGGGGAGUGCGUACCCGUGGGCUUCCGGCCCGAGGCUGUGGAUGGUGGCUGGUCCGGCUGGAGCGCCUGGUCCAUCUGCUCGCGGAGCUGUGGCGUGGGCGUACAGAGCGCCGAGCGGCAGUGCACACAGCCUACGCCCAAAUACAAAGGCAGAUACUGUGUGGGUGAGCGGAAGCGCUUCCGCCUCUGCAACCUGCAGGCCUGCCCCGCUGGUCGCCCCUCCUUCCGCCACAUCCAGUGCAGCCACUUUGACGCUAUGCUCUACAAGGGCCAGCUGCACACAUGGGUGCCCGUGGUCAAUGACGUGAACCCCUGCGAACUGCACUGCCGGCCCUCGAAUGAGUACUUUGCCGAGAAGCUGCGGGACGCCGUGGUUGAUGGCACCCCCUGCUACCAGGUCCGGGCCAGCAGGGACCUCUGCAUCAACGGCAUCUGCAAGAAUGUGGGCUGUGACUUUGAGAUUGACUCCGGUGCUAUGGAGGAUCGCUGUGGUGUGUGCCACGGCAACGAAUCUGUUGGUGAGGAAAGAGGGGGAUGGGUGUGGGACCGGCAGCUCAGGGGAGGGACAACUUACUCUCAGGACCACGGGGCAGGGGGUGGAGCAGAGAAGACAGAGCCACCUGCAGAGGCGGUCUUGCGGCUGGGCCUCAACCGGCAGUAUGGAAGUGAGUGUCUAAGAUGUUCUCUGAGCCAUUGGGAAGGGUGUGGAUGGUGGGAUGGUGUGUCGGUGGCCCCUGGGCAGCCAGAGGGGAAGCUACAUAAGAGAGAGGGGGUGAGUGAGAACCGGGACAGCGAGGAGGUGGAGGUGGAGGUCUGCCUUCAUCCUGACAUGGGCCGUGUGCAGAGGCAGAGUGUGUACUGUUCGGAGCGGCAGACAGGGCCCGUGGACGAGGAGCACUGUGACCCCCUGGGCCGGCCCGAUGACCGCCAGAGGAAGUGCAGCGAGCAGCCCUGCCCUGCCAGGUGGUGGGCAGGUGAGUGGCAGCUGUGCUCCAGCUCCUGUGGGCCUUGGGGCCUCUCCCACCGGGCCGUGCUCUGCAUCCGCAGCGUGGGGCUGGAUGAACAGAGCGCCCUGGAGCCCCCGGCCUGUGAACACCUUCCCCGGCCCCCUACUGAAACCCCUUGCAACCGCCAUGUGCCCUGUCCAGCCACCUGGGCUGUAGGGAACUGGUCUCAGUGCUCAGUGACAUGUGGGGAGGGCACUCAGCACCGAACUGUCCUCUGCACCAAUGACACUGGUGUCCCCUGUGACGAGGCCCAGCAGCCAGCCAGCGAAGUCACCUGCUCUCUGCCACCCUGUUGGUGGCCCCUGGACACACUGGGCCCUGAAGGCUCAGGUAGCGGCUCCUCCAGCCACGAGCUCUUCAAUGAGGCUGACUUCAUCCCACGCCACCUGGCCCCACGCCCUUCACCGGUCUCAUCACCCAAGCCAGCCACCAUGGGCAAUGCCAUUGAGGAGGAGGCCCUAGAGCUGGACCUGCCGGGGCCCGUGUUUGUGGAUGACUUCUACUACGACUACAAUUUCAUCAACUUCCAUGAGGAUCUGUCCUAUGGGCCCUCUGAGGGGCCUGAUCUAGACCUGGCGGAGACAGGGGAUCAGACGCCCCCACCACACAGUAGUCCUGCUGUGCCCUCCACAGGUAGCCCUGUGCCUGCCACAGAGCCUCCUGCAGCCAAGGAGGAGGGGGCACCGGGACCUUGGUCCCCUAGCCCUUGGCCCAGCCAGGCCGGCCACUCCCCACCCCCACCCUCAGAGCAGACCCCUGGGAACCCUUUGAUCAAUUUCCUGCCUGAGGAAGAUGCUCCCAGAGGGGCCCCAGAUCUUGGGCUCCCCAGCCUGCCCUGGCCCAGGGUUUCCAUUGAUGGCCUGCAGACACCUGCCGCCCCUGAGAGCCAAAAUGACUUCCCAGUUGGCAAGGACAGCCAGAGCCAGCUGCCCCCUCCAUGGAGGGACAGGACCAAUGAGGUUUUCAAGGAUGAUGAGGAACCCGAGGGCCGCGGAGCACCCCACCCGCCUCUGAGACCCAGCCCCACGCUGCCCCCUUUGUCCCUGCCCCCUUUGUCCCCUGUCGGCAGUGCCCACUCCUCUCCUAGUCCUGAUGUGACAGAGCUAUGGACAGGAGGGACUGUGGCCUGGGAGCCAACUCUGGAGGGUGGCCUGGGGCCUGUGGACAGUGAACUGUGGCCCACUGUUGGGGUGGCUCCUCCCCCUCCUCCUCCCAUAGCCCAUCUGCCAGAGAUGAAGGGCAGAGACAGCCCCCUGGAGCCGAGGACUCCCACCUUCCCAACCCCAGGACCAGGCUUAUGGGACGUGCAGACUGUGGCAGUGUGGGGGACCUUCCUCCCCACAACCCUGACUGGCCUCGGGCACACGCCUGAGCCUGCCCUGAACCCAGGACCCAAGGGCCAGCCUGAGUCCCUCAGCCCUGAGGUGCCCCUGAGCUCUAGGCUACUGUCCACGCCCGCUUGGGACAGCCCCGCCAACAGCCACAGAACCCCUGAGACCCAGCCGCUGGCUCCCAGCCUGGCUGAAGCCGUCUCCCCUGCGGACCUGUUGGCUGUCAGGAACGCUAGCUGGCAAGCGGGAAACUGGAGCCAGUGCUCCACCACUUGUGGCCUGGGUGCCGUCUGGAGGUCGGUGCGCUGUAGCUCUGGCCGGGAUGAGGACUGCGCCCCCGCUGGCCGGCCCCAGCCUGCCUGUCGCUGCCACCUGCGGCCCUGUGCCACCUGGCACUCAGGCAACUGGAGUAAGUGCUCCCGCAGCUGCGGCGGAGGUUCCUCAGUGCGGGAUGUGCAGUGUGUGGACACACGGGACCUCCGGCUGCUGCGGCCCUUCCACUGUCAGCCCGGGCCUGCCAAGCCACCUGCGCACAGGCCCUGCGGGGCCCAGCCCUGCCUCAGCUGGUACACCUCUUCCUGGAGGGAGUGCUCCGAGGCCUGUGGCGGUGGUGAGCAGCAGCGUCUGGUGACCUGUCCAGAGCCAGGCCUCUGCGAGGAGGCGCUGAGACCCAACACCACACGGCCCUGCAACACUCACCCCUGCACACAGUGGGUGGUGGGGCCCUGGGGCCAGUGCUCAGCCCCCUGUGGUGGUGGCGUCCAGCGGCGCCUGGUCAAGUGUGUCAACACCCAGACGGGGCUGCCAGAGGAAGACAGCGACCAGUGUGGUCACGAGACCUGGCCUGAGAGCUCCCGGCCGUGUGGCACCGAGGAUUGUGAGCCCGUCGAGCUUCCCCGCUGUGAGCGGGACCGCCUGUCCUUCGGGUUCUGUGAGAGGCUGCGCCUACUGGGCCGCUGCCAGCUGCCGACCAUCCUCAUGCAGUGCUGCCGCUCGUGCUCUCCGCCCAGCCACGGCGUCCCCUCCCGAGGCCAUCAGCGGGUUGCCCGCCGCUGACUGUGCCAGGAUGCACAGACUGACCGACAGACCUCAGUGCCCACCACGGGCUGUGGCAGAGCUUCCACCCCCUGCGCCCUAAUGGUGCUAACCCUCUCCCUACCCAGCGGCAGGCUGGGGACCUCCUCCCCAUCAAAAAAGGUAUUUUUUUAUUCUAACAGUUCGUGUAACAUUUAUUACGAUUUUACAUAAAUGAGCAUCUACCAUUCCAAAGCA